CAGGAAUCGGGCGAUGUUUAAGAGAAAGUUGCCGCUCUCCCCCCUCUAAGUACCAUUCUAGCUGGAACUGACGAAAAAAAAACUCGAAAGGGGCUGGCAAGUAGCAACAUUUGAUGAACCUAAUAACUUCUACAUUUAACUUAACGAGUCACAGAACAGAAUGAUUAUCUAAACAAUUAAGAAGAUUUUUGUAGAUAACGUGAAAGAAUGGAUAAAUAGUGCUAAUCUUUUCUGGUUUCGUGAUGGUUAAUUUGGGACCUACAACUGGUUUCAGAAGAUCUAUCUCUUCAUAGAAUUCCAUAAUGCAUCGAAAAUUGCUUAUAUUAACAUCUUUGUCUUUAUUUCUGCUAUAUUCAGAUGCUCAGUCAAGAGCUCCAAGAAUUACGGAGCAUCCCAGAGACUUACUGGUUAAAAAACAACAGCCUGCUAAACUCAACUGUAAAGCUGACGGUGUACCGACCCCGGUAAUUGAAUGGUAUCACAAUGGAAAACUGGUAGAAGGGACUUCCAAUCGGAUUAUGCUCGUUAAUGGCGUUGGCGUGGCACUCUUUUUUCUUCACGUCCUCCACGGCAAGAGGGACCAGGACACGGGGACCUACUGGUGCGUUGCACGAAAUCAUUUAGGUGAAGCAAGAAGUCGUAACGCAACGCUGGAAGUUGCAAUUCUUCGUGAUGAUUUUCGAGCUAAUCCAAGAGAUAUUCAGGUGGCAAGAGAAGAUUCCGCAACAUUGGAAUGUGCGCCACCUAGAGGUCAUCCAGAUCCCAAGGUGUCUUGGGAGAAAAAUGGCCUUCCAGUCGACAGUGAAGGCGGUCGUGUUCGUAUAACAGGAUCUGGAAAUCUAGUGAUUGAGGACGUGCGACAGACUGAUCAAGGGAAAUACGUUUGUAUAGCAGAGAAUAUGGCGGGUGUUCGGAACUCUUCUCCAGCCAUCUUAUCUGUUCGUGUGAAGCCGUAUUUUAUCAAGGAACCAGAAGAUGUCUUGGCGUUAUCUAAUCAAAAUGUAGACAUUGCUUGUCUCGUGGACGGUGACCCUACACCCACAGUUACUUGGCACAGAAGAGAUGGGAAAAUGCCUAUAGGAAGAGCUCAAAUUCAAAAAAACAAAAGUCUAAGAAUCACUCAGGUUAGAACAGAAGAUGAAGGACUUUACAUGUGUGAGGCUGAGAAUGCCGUUGGUAUAGCAUCAGGAUCAGCAACUCUAACUGUUCAUUCUCAACCAUCUUUUGCCGUGAAACCUAAAAAUCAACGGGUUGGUCUAAAUGGGAUAGCAAAAUUUGAAUGUGUAGCAUCUGGAAACCCACCUCCUUCUAUAUUUUGGACAAAAGAAGGCAACCAGGCACUGAUGUUUCCUGAGAACUCUUAUGGUAGAUUUUCAGUCACCUCACUUGGAACUCUCAUCAUUUCUGGUGUCAUCAAAGAAGAUAAGGGUUAUUAUGUAUGCUCAGCUUUAUCUGUUGUGGCAUCAACAAUGACAAAAGCUCAUCUGGAUGUCAUUGCUGUAGCAGAUCUACCUCCUCCAAUCAUCCGGUUAGGACCUGCUAAUCAAACCCUGCCCCAGAAUACCAUGGCUAUGUUGCCAUGUGAAGCUGAAGGAAUUCCAGGUCCAAACAUCCAGUGGUUUUUUAAGUCAGCUUCUGUUGAUGUUAACAAUCCAAGGUUUUCUAUUCUAGACAGUGGAACCCUACAAAUUGAUGAUUUACAACCACUAGAUUCUGGGUUGUACACUUGUACUGCUUCCAGCGAAAGUGGAGAGACUUCAUGGAGUGCUACUUUGUCCGUUGAAUCUCCUCGGAAUCCUAAUGCUAUCUUUCAUCGAAUGUUUGACCCAUCAACUUUCCCUGGUCCUCCUGGUAAACCAACUGCAAUCAAUGUCACAGAAACAGCUAUCACGCUGAGAUGGCUACGGAGUUCAAAACUUGGUGACUCACCACUUAUUGGAUAUACUGUUGAAUACUACAGUAGUGAUUUGAAAAGAGGCUGGAUGGUAGCAGCACGUCGUGUGAAGAGAGAAAGUUUUGUUGUACACAACUUACGACCAGAUUCUCACUAUGUUUUCUUAGUUCGUGCAGAGAAUUCUCAUGGACUAAGUGUGCCAAGUGAGAUUUCAGAUGUUAUUUGCACUCUUGGCUUACCAUCACAUAUUUUACCUGAAUAUGAUCUUGAAGAAGCCCGUUAUUACCUCAGUACCAGCAUAGUCAAGUUGAAAGAUGCUCGAGCCAUAAGCUCAACAGCUGUGAAGCUUAUGUGGGAGAUUCAAAGUAACUUGGGUUAUGUUGAAGGAUUCUACAUACGGUUCCGUGACUCUAGUGGUAGAUCACAAAAAUACAACAUGAUCACAGUUUUGAAUGGUGCUGCAACCUCAUAUGUACUGACUGACCUCAGAAAGUUCACCAAGUAUGAAUUCUUUCUGGUUCCAUUCUAUAAAAGUGUUGAAGGUCCACCAAGCAACUCACGUAAAGCCCAAACUCUAGAGGACGUGCCAUCAGCACCACCAGACAAUCUUAAUGUGAAAUUAAAAAACCUGACAGUGGCUGUAAUAUCCUGGUCUUCUCCUCCACCUCAAUAUAGAAAUGGAAUUUUACAAGGUUACAAUAUUCACAUUCUGAAGAACACUUCUCAACUGCAUUCCAACAUCACCACCAAUGGCACCACAACUUUAAUUACUGUUUAUAAUCUCACAGCUGGCCACAAGUAUAGUGUUAAGGCAGUGGCCUUUACAUCUGUUGGUAAUGGACCUUUCAGUGCCCCCGUAGCAUUAGUUAUGGACUCUAGCUAUCUGAACGAUCAACAUGAUAGUGGCCCAGCAUCUACAUCUCUUACUAGCUCUAUCCAUGAUACACUGCAGCAGCCCUGGUUUAUAGCUCUUAUUGGUGGUAUUUUGUGUCUACUUUUAUCCAUCUUCUUUAUUGUCCUCUUCUUAUGUCGUCGCAUGGCUUGGAAGAAAGCUUUAGAAGCCCACCUCCCUGUUGCUGCUCACAAAAGCGAAGAUGUGAGGGCUGGGGUCAGUAACCAUGAGGCUUUGUGGAUUAACCAUACUUGGCAUCCUACUGAUGGCAAAACUGGACAGAACAUUAGUGAAUCCAAACUUCUAAACAAAGAAACUUCAGCAAAUGAUCUCAACUAUGCCAGCGUCUACUCGCCACUUCAGUAUGAAGUGAAUGGUUCUGAUUAUGCUGAAGUUGAUUCACACAGUAUGACAACAUUCUACAAGAAAGGAAGCUCCUCUGUUCCUGCACCAUAUGCUACAACAACACUAAUUAACCCUUCAUCUUACAAGACCUGUACUGGAUCAUUUAAAGACCAACGAAGCAGCGGAGCAUCUGAUGACACCAGCAGAAAAUCUGAAAGAAUGAUUGAUGUUGAACCUUUCAGAAUGGGAGAAGAUCACCUUAUGGAACAGCUUUUAGAUCCUACAAGACAGGCAAGUCCUGCAAGUGAAUCAGGAAGUUACACAACAGAUGAGCAUGGAGUUCCAGUGAAAAAAAAGAGGCUCAAAGCCAUAAGAGCAAACCCUAAUGUUCCUGUUGUAAAUUGGGCAGAUCUCAUCCCACCACCUCCAGAUCGUCCCCCUAGUGAAGCAGGAUCAUCUGCUGGAAUCCCUUCUGUGCACAGGGGACCAUUUUCUGCUGAUAACAGAGUACUUAAGUCUCAGGUUUCAGGAUAUUCCCAGAUACCGGGCUGGCCUUUCUACAACCCCAGAAUUUUCCAGUCCCCAACUGGUAGUUAUCAAAGUGUUCCUUCUAUGAGGGGAACUCCCCCUCAAACGGGUUCUAAUUCCAUGGAUCGUACAAUGACACCCACAAUUAAAAUGGGUACUUGUAUUCCUGGUUUUCCUUUUCCACACGAAAGGACAAGUCCUGCUCCAUCUUGUUCUACACAUUAUCAGCAUCAUCUAAUGGAUAGAGCUAUUCAGUCAUCACUUCCAUCUUUGAUCAGUGAACCUCACAGUGUGUCCCCAAUGGGUGGAAGGAUGAUGACCAAUCAGAAUAGGCCACACCCUUACCUGCAAAGAAAUGGUACUGGAGAUUAUGAAGUUGGUCCCAGUGACAGGUACACUGUAGAAGAACCAGGUGACUAUGAGUUGCCAAAUGGACAACAUACACCAGAAUCAAGUGUAGCAGAAGAAACAGAUUAUGCUCCAAAUUUUGCAGCAUUACCUCCAUGGACGAGCACAACUGAUCAGAGCAACAGUUCCUGUACUAGUGCACGAUCAAGCAGUGUGAGCUCCUCAGACGGGUACUUUUAUGCUGAAGCUGAUUUUGCUAGUGCUGUGGCCAGAGCUGCUCAGAAUGCUGGUUACAUGGUAGAUGGAACAAUGGUGACCAAUCCUACUAAUGGUUUAGGCAAGAAACAAAUCUCUCGGCAACGAGCCCCUCGACCAACAAGCCCCUACAGUACCGACAGCAGUGUUAGUGCUACAAUACCUCACCGGUCUGAAUAUCCAAAACACAGAAAAAAACAGCUACACAGUGAUAACAAGACAGGAGCACGACCACAACCAAAUUCUCAACAAACCACUUCAACACAACAUUCAGGGCCUAGCAGAUUAUAUGAUCUACCAUCUGAUGAUCCUGCCAGAAGCAAAGAUUCAACCCCUAUUCAUAAUGGAGUUGAUAUGUCAAAUAAGAAUAGAAGAGAAAUUAUCAAUUGUGAUGUCACUCAAGAAACUCCUAAAUCGGAAGUCAUUAACAAUGUGCCAUUUGCACAUACUACAAAAGAGAGAUUUGAAAACAAAUCAACAGAGAGCAGACCUCAAGAGCCAAUAUAUCAGGAUAAACUGAUUUAGUGAUAAGAUAAAGAAGACCAGGAUUUAUAACAAGGUUGUGUGUAAUAGUGAAAUGAAGUUUCAAGACAUCUGAAAAAGCUGUGUAUGCUACCCUGAUGGGUUGAUGAAACAUACUGAAAUAUUUACAAAUUAGAUAAGUGCAGAUGCAAAGUUAACCAGUCAACAGUCUGCAGAUAUCCAAGUUAUCGUGAUCAUUUUCGGUUGUGCCAUACAGAUACCAACAGAGAGUGUACAGUUUGUUUUAGGAAAAUACUGUUUUACCUAGAUAUUACUGUAACUUACAAAUCUUUUGGGAGUUACUCAACAAGAACUUAUUUCUUAGUGAACAUUUAGUAAAUGGAUAAAGUAUAAAUUUUGACCUUUGGCACAAUGUUUCUAACUUGUGUAAAGAUUUUAAAGAAAUUUGUUAGAUUUCAUAGAGAACAGAAAAACAAACUUUGUCUCUCAUCUGUCAUUGUUCCAUAAAUGUAUGUUAAAUGUUGAUGCUCGAAAAGGUAUGUCAAGUUAACCUAGAGACAAGCCGUUAACAUAUCUGAAACAUGCAGCCAAGAAGGGCUUAGUGAAUAGUGCUCAAAGUUGUGGGAUUGGUUUAAUUAUAAUUUCAGAAUACAAAGAACAGUGUCUGCAACAACUGUGGAUUGGAGCAAAAGUGUAUAAAUAGUCUAUUGAUGUUGUCUCUCAUUGUAAGAAUAAGAAAUAUAAAUGCCAGAUAUCAACAGUACCUGUAAGUAAUUGUGUUGUACGAAUAAAUCUUAUAUGUACUGAAUGUUAAGACAUCAUUCGUUAUGAGCAGAAAAAACAAUAGGAUAAAACAAAAUAUUCUGUGAUUUAUUUACUGUGUUGAAUAUAAUUUCAAAGAAAACUGUCAGCAAUACAAUAAACUCCAAACAAUUUAAUAUUUGUGCUUUUUUUGAACUGUUUAUAAUCUGCAGUGUGUGUGUGUGUGUAUAGACACACAUGCAUAUAUAUAUAUAUAUAUUAUGUAUUAUGAAUGUGUGUUUGCAUGUGUGCCUGUGUAUAAUGGGUACAUGCACUGUAAAUGGCCUUCAUUUAGGUCUUUAUGUAUAAUAUGAGCCAUAUCAGCAUUUUAGCUGGAAUUGCUUAUACAACAGUAACAAAAGAAUACUGUUGAGUAUUGAACUUGUUACUGGGAAAACAGAAGAUUUAUAAAACAUGCUUAACAGUUUAAAACAAGAAAUUAGAUAUUCAUGCCACUUAAGCAUUUAUAAAGUCCUAUAAAUAUAAUGGUUAAAGCCAGAAUUCAAACUUAUAUGAAGGGUGUUUACACUGCAUUGUGCUUUAUCUCAUGUAGAAAAAAAUUACCCUUUUUUAUGUAAAUAUAAAGUAAAUCUAUCCCAAUUUUAAUGAAAUGAUUGCAAGUUAAAAUAGCUGACAAUUUUUACAUUUUCAUAAAUGUUUGUUUAGGAGUGUAGAGAUAUUUAAUUGAUAAUUACUUUGUAAAAUUGAUUGCACUGGAAUGUACAGCAUUUUGAAAAAUAAAUAAAUGGUCAUCAGAUUGUUAA